GGGGGCCAGGGCUGUGGACGGGGGGCAGCGAGCGGAUUGAAAGCGGGCGCCCUAGUUUGGGUGCAAUGAGCACGGUGUGGUGUGGAGUACCGGGGCGAUGCGUAAACAAGCGCAGCACUAACUCCUCCGCCCUCGGAGUAUUUCCGUGUUUUCACUACAGCUCAUUACAGUGUAUCAAGUGCUUACUGCCAUUCACGCACAAGACAAACUUGGCCCCUUUCGCUUUUCCUUUUUUUCCCCUCCCCCCUGUUCUGGCUUAUUUAUUUCUGUUGUUGAGGCAUCAUCCGACUGGGCUUCACUCCACAACAUUUAAAAAAAAUUCUAGUCCUCUUAUAAUCAGUAUGGCCUCUUGAGAGGGGAAAAUAAUAUAUAAGGUUUGGGACACUUUGUACAACACAGAAGAGAAAAUCGUAACCUUGAUCCUUGCGUAAAGGACAAUGUGCUCCUGGAGAAGUUGAAUUGCUUCAAAUUGUACUAACAAAUUUCUCAGAUGCCUGGAGAAGUGCAGCUGUGCCGUGCAGCACAGCAGGCCCUUUAAGCAUACUGCCCCCUGCAACGCUGGCCUGAUUGUCCUGUUCUUGUACUGUUAUCCUGUCCAACAAUGGCUGCACAAAGGAAACACCUAGUCAGAGAAUUUAACGCCUUCAUCACUUGUUACAUCUGCAAGGGCUAUCUUAUCAAGCCAACUACAGUGACUGAGUGUCUACACACUUUUUGCAAAAGAUGUAUUGUUCAACAUUUUGAAGACUCAAACGACUGUCCAAAAUGUGGAAUUCAAGUUCAUGAAACGAACCCAUUGGAAAUGUUAAGGUUGGACAAUACUUUGGAAGAAAUUAUAUUUAAGGUGGUGCCUGGUCUUAAAGAAUUGGAAAAACGACAGGAAGAAGAAUUCUGGAAAAAAAAUAAACCACAAGAGAAUGGAGAAGAUAAUGAAGGCCCCAAAGCAAAGAAGCCUAAAGUGGAAGAGGAAGAGGACCAAGAUGAUCAGGAUUAUCACAGAAGUGACCCACAGAUAGCCAUUUGUCUAGACUGCCUUCGCAACAAUGGCCAAUCGGGAGACAAUACAGUAAAGAUGCCGCCUGACUUGCUGAGUUCCUCCAACAGUUUGUUUUUCACCCAAGAUUCCAGCAUCUGCAGUCUCUUGUGUCGAUCGAAGCAAACUCUUCUUCCUGGCUUAAUGAAGAAAUUUAUCCGCUGCUCCACAAGAGUCACAGUGGGAACUAUAAAGAAAUUUCUCAGUUUGAAAUUAAAACUUCCGAGCACUUGUGAGCUCGAUGUUCUAUGCAAUGGGGAAAUUAUGGGGAAGGAUCAUACUAUGGAAUUCAUAUAUAUGACAAGAUGGAGACUCAGAGCUGAAAAUUCUUAUCCAAUGGUACUACAGUACCGGCCAAGGAUUGACUUUGGUUAGACCAGAGCAGCUGUUAUCCACUAUGGAGGAUACUGCACUAAAGUUUACCCAUCGACAGUUUGCACAAUGAAUGGAUAUAUAUUGGACUGAAUCAGAUAUUUCGAAAUAGAAACAGAAUUUGUAUCUGUCUACCAUUUUUCAGAUGUGUUUAUUUUUCCCAAGAACAAGCUUGAUGCUAUUCUGCUACUGGAGCCAUGAAACGUCAAUGUUCGUCAGUGUGAUAUUUGUGUUGGAGACUGCAAAUAAUCACCCCUUUUUUAGCCUGUGAGUUGAUAGUCAGUGAAACACUGUUCAUGUGUUUAAAAGCCUAUGUCCUGAAGUUAUACAUGUGCUUGUGCUAAUGCUAAAACAUAGAGCAAAAUGACAAAUCUAGGUCUACGGCCUUGAAUACAUUUAUAUUCCGGUUAAACCAUGCAUUGACUUUGUUUGUUUGUAGUCUGUUAACUGAUCAUAAGGACAACCUUUUGAAGCUAUUAAUGUUUUUGUUAUAUACCACUGAUGUAAUCAUAAAUAAGGAGGUACAUUUUGGGGGGGCAAAUAACUUGAUAUCCUGUACCAUAAGCAUUGAUGGUCCAUUUCUAUAGCUGAAGAAAAUACAUUGGUUUAUGAGCAUAAGAAAAAAAUAACAACCUGAAGUAGAAAAUUAUUACUUAUUACACAAAAGACCAGAGAGCAUGGAUCAAAAAUUGAUUCAUUCCAAUAUGGAGGAACGUAGCCUGGACACCACUAAAAAUAAUUGGACUUCAAAGUCAAAUUCCAGAUUAACAAAAUAAUUAUUCCACCAAGUCUUGGGGAAAAUCUUGAUGAAUCUGUUUGUUGCUCAUGUCAAAUUUCAGAGUGAGAUCUCUCAACAGAUUAUUACAUUGAAUUUGUAUUUGUCUUCUAAUCCGUGUGCGCUUGCAUGGAAAUGAGAUGGGUGGAUUUUGGAAUCCUGCUAGUUUAGAAUAUCAUGAAGAUUACGUUGAUUACGAAGAUCAUUGAUUUGACAGUGAAAGAACGAACAAAUAGGUUUCCUCCUUCAUAUUUGCUAAAAUAAAGUACUUUGGUAAAUACAAACCUGUUAUAAAUAGAAUAUCUUGCCCCACUCAGUUCACCUCCUUGACAAUCAGAUGUAUUUGUAUUGGCAAUAUAUGAUAGACAACAUUAUAUAAUUUGUAUUAUAUUACACCUGUCCAACAUUGGUUUAGGGAUCUUUGAUACAAUUUUGGUAUGAGAUCUGUGAAUUCAUCUGUACUGAAUUGAAACCCUGUGAUGCAGACUAUGAAAAAAUGCAAUCUUGUUGCUAAAUUAAUAUAUAAAAUAAUAGCUCUGGCAGUAUGACUUCGAAACUAUUGAGAAUUGUGAUGCUGGUAAUUUUACCUCCCAAAUGCACCUACAAAAGCAUAGCUACUCAAUAAUGUCCACAGUCUAAUCAAUGAGUGCAUAUGUUGAGUGUCCAAUAGUGAGGAAGAAAUCUGCGUGACUUUGCGUUUAACCUUAGAGGUCUAUUGUUUACACAAGUGUAGUUUUAUUUGUUAUUGUAAUUUUAUAUUCCAUUAGACAAUAUAGAGUUUUUAAAAGUGAACUAUAAUAUAUAUUAGCAUUGGUCAAAAUAGUAAAGACACUGAAAAUAAUGUUCUUUACUACACUAAAUUUCUGAUUUUCAAUUAUAUUAGAAUUAGUUGAGUCAAAAGGAAUUGGAAUUAGCCAGGGUGUUGGACAAUAAACCAACAUGUCGACAUAGCACUCUUUUACCUGUUGUUUAAAUAAUUAACAUUUCAAAUAGGUGGAAUAAAAUCUCUGUACAAAAAAAAUUCAGAAAAUAAGGUUGGAAUUCAGCAUUCAGCUCAUUAUUUCAGCAAUAGGAACUUAGUCAUACAACACGGAAACAGAUUCUUCAGCCCAAAUUGUCCAAUUCGUCUUAGCCCCAUCUAAACUUUACUCAUGUAUCCACCUAUGUCUCUCUAAAUCUUUCCUAUCUGUGUAUCAAUCCACAUGUUUUUUAAAUGUAGUUAUUUUAUCUGCCCCUGGGGUCUGAAGAAGGGUUUUGGCCCGAAACGUCGCCUAUUUCCUUCGCUCCAUAGAUGCUGCUGCACCCGCUGAGUUUCUCCAGCAAUGUUGUGUACCUUCGAUCUUCCAGCAUCUGCAGUUCCUUCUUGAACAUUUUAUCUGCCUCCCCUGGCAGCUCAUUCCAUAUACAAAUAUGGACUGCUGUCUGUGUAACAGACCGCUGGCUGUGUGGAAAAAGUUGCCCCUCAGAAUCCUAUUAGGUCUUAUCUCUCUCAUCUUAAACAUAUGCCCUCUAGUUUUUGUUUCCCCCUACUCUGGGGAAAAAGACUGCAAGGAAUAAAAUCCUAGCCUGCCCAACCUAUCCCUACAGUUCAGGUCCUCAAGGCCUAGCAACAUCGUAAAUCCUCUCUGCAGACUUUCUAGGCAUCUUUCCUAUGGCAGGGAGACCAAAAAUGAUUCACAAUUCUCCAAGUGUGUCCUUCCAACUUGUUCAUGAUUUUUGUUUCUUCUAGUCGUCUGUAGUUAAAUAGACCCAGGCAGGCAUUUAAGUGUCAUCUCACAUAGUCAGAUAUCAAUUGUAUUAAAAUAUUACGUUGUUGAAUGAUUUGAGCAGUGUUAGUUUGCAAGAAUUUGUACCUGUUAAAAUGUAAUACCAUCUUUGCAAUGGUGUCAUUUUCAAAGUGUUACAUUCCACUGUUUUCCCCAUUAACUAAACUUUUCUGAACUUUUCCAUCAUGUUUGUAAUGCACUCUAAAAUACUACACUGAACUUCGCCGUUGAAGAAAAGGUCAUUUUGCUGCGGUUAGGAAAUGUCCAAGAUCAUUUAAUGACAAAUGAAUAAUUAACUUGAAGGCCAUUGAUGAAAUCUUGCUAUUAAAAUGUAAAUAUUUUUGUAAAGAGAACCUAUUGUAAUUGUUUGCAUACUGAUGUUAAUAGUAUUUUAUGUUUUGCAAAAAAACUGUUUGGAGAAGCAGUUCUAUUUUUUAAUAUGUAUUUGCUGCAGGCAUACAUUCCUCUUGAACCAUGUAUGGGUUUUAGUGAAUGUUCUGUAUAUUUGCAGUCACGCUGGGUUGAGAAAUUAAUACUGUGUCAGAAAAUUGUAUCAAUUGAAGCACAAUUCACCCAGUCUUGUAGUGGUUUGCUAAUUAAAUGAAGCAAUAAAAUGUAUUAGUAAUGAAAUGCUGUUGUUAAAGAUUUACUGUGGAUCUGGACUGCCAUUGUCAUUAAAUCAAUGAGUUGAAAAUUGAAGUUUUUAAAACAUUUGUAAGAUGCACUUUUGACCAUUUUUGAUUGCUGAACACAUUAU